AUUGGUUUAUAUCUGGAAACUGUAGGAAACAGAUUGAUGCUUAGUUCUGGAGUCAGUGGACAUCAGACGUAUAAAGGCUUAAAAAGUGGUCUUAUGGUUAUUGUGGAAUAAUCAACAAGAAUGAUCAGGCCACUGCUGAUGUGCUUUGCCCUCUGUGUGGUCUACGCCACCAGCAAGCCCACAGAGAAGAAGGAGCGAACUCACCAUGAGGCUCCGCUGAGCAGCCGGGAGCAUGUCGACGCUGAAGGCUUCGAGUACGACCAUGAAGCUUUCCUUGGCAAGGAGCAGGCCAAGACCUUUGAUGACCUCACUCCGGAGGAGAGCAAACGCAGAUUGGGGAUAAUUGUGGGUAAGAUUGAUGGUGAUGCGGAUGGUUUUGUGACUGAGGCUGAGUUGAAAGCUUGGAUCAAGAAAGCUCAAAAGAAGUAUAUCUAUGACAAUGUGGACCGUCAGUGGAAGGACUUUGACAUGGACAACGAUGGGAUGAUCUCAUGGGAGGAGUACAGGAAUGUCACUUACGGCACCUAUCUGGAUGACCCAGAGCCAGACGAUAGCUACGACUAUCAGAGGAUGAUGGCUAGAGAUGAAAGGCGGUUCAAAAUGGCAGACAAAAAUGAAGACCAGAUAGCUGACAAAGAGGAGUUUACAGCUUUCCUUCACCCUGAGGACUAUGACCAUAUGAAAGAUAUUGUGGUGUUGGAAACCAUGGAGGAUAUUGAUAAGAAUGGUGAUGGCUUUAUUGACCUGGAUGAGUACAUUGGUGACAUGUACAACCACGAGGAUGAGAUGGAGGAGCCGGAGUGGGUGGCAACUGAGCGCGAGCAGUUCUCAGAGUUCCGGGACAAGAACAAAGAUGGAAAGAUGGAUAGGGAGGAGACCAUGGACUGGAUCCUACCAUCAGACUACGACCACGCAGAAGCCGAGGCCAAACACCUAGUUUACGAGUCAGACUCCGACAAGGAUGGAAAGCUAACGAAGGAGGAAAUCCUGAACAAGUAUGACCUGUUCGUUGGGAGUCAAGCAACUGACUUUGGAGAGGCGCUAGUACGGCAUGAUGAGUUUUAGAUCAUUUUGUGUAGUUAGACAAACCAAUUUUAAACUUAAUUUGAUAAGUAAUAUAAUUUAUUUUGUAUGAAACCUAUCUUAACACUACAAUUUCUAUAGUUAAUCUGUCCAUGAUGGCAUUUGAUACAGUACUCUGGUGUGUUUACAUUGUAUGGCUUCCAUUUAUGCAUUUUCUAAUUGGGAAUGUGUUACAUUUUCUAGUUUUAUGAUAGUACAUAUUGGUAAAAGUCUUGAUGUUCUUUACUGUUGACUUUGAGAUUUGACAUGAUACACUCAGAAGCACUGAAUAUUCAUUUUAGAAGUAUCUUAAACUGUUUUACCCCUGAAACUAUUAAUACGUUUGAGGAAAGCAUUUGUUGUUUUUACAGGUUUACAUUUGUCCCCUAUUUAGUAAAGAACAACCCAUUGUGUGCCUUUCAACCUAUACAUGUGACUGAAACAACAGAUCACCUCAGAAUUCCUUAAGGGCGGUGGCCACUAGCCCUUUUCAGAAGCAAAAUUUGUCUGGUGACAUUACACCCACAUACGUUGUCAAUGGGAGUCGUGUGUUGGCCUCCGCAUGCUAGUAUGUGAUAUUCAGAGCCAUGGAAAUACAUUUCUCUCCAUGACUCUCUGGCGACACCUAACGGCACAAAGAAGCUGCCCUAAAAUAAAAGCGAAUCCUAUUUAUACACAUUAAUAUUCAGUUCCUAUCAUAGUGCCAUAGCUACCUUAAAUAAAUAGUUAGGCUUGUUAGCAAAAUGUUUAAAAUAAAUGGAUGGUGAAACAUAUUGUGUUCACGGCACAGUAUGAGUUUGACCAUCUCUCCCUUUACUAGCUGAUUAGCAACAUCCAUAUGGAAAAGUCAAACUACAUACACAGCCAGCAUUUAGACAACCAUGAGUUCCAUGAGGCCACCGGAUCGAUGCCAACCUCUACCCACAAUAUGCACAAAACCACAAGCCAGGAGAGCCUUAAGCGAGGGUGAAUGAAGAGUGCUACCGCCUUACAGCCACUACUCUGUUCUUUUCACAAUUAAAAUGGUGUCACCCCUUUCAGACCAAAACAUGUUUGUCCUACAUAAGAAUUUUGAUAAUAUAUGGGCUAUUACUUCACGAGUUAAGCAUAAACCUUAAUGAGACUGGUUCUGUUAUAAAUCAGUUUUCUCAAGUAAAUUAUUUCUCAUCUAUCAAUGCCCUGCCACUACAUGUUAUGUUUCUUGCGCUGCCAUUUAAACUGUUUAUUUCACAUAAACAGCACAUAUUCUUUCCAUGCACAGAAUGUAUAGUUUAUGUUUUGGUCAAAAUGCUGUAUUAUCUGAGUACACAGCCGGUUUCUUAAUAAAAAUCUGAAUUGGCAAAUUUA